CUUCUUCUCUCUACAUUGAUUAAUCCACGUGGCGUGUUGCAAUAGGAGAAUUCACUAGAGAGAAAAACGCUUCGUGUAUGUAGAACACGAAUCACCAUCUUCACCAUUCUCUGCAAAAACUUUAUACCUCCUUCCUCCUCAGUAACAAAUCAGAAAAAUCGAUCAAAAUGGUUUCAUAAUUCUCUCUCUCUCUCUCUUUUCCUUCUCUUUCAAAGAUUCCUGUUCUCGCCCACAGGCCCAUUUUUCUAAACAUAUUAAUUUUGUUUUUAAAAAUCGAAUCGUAACAUACGGAAAGAAAAGUUGGAAUUAUGUUCGUUACGAUGGUGAGAAAGUUACAGUGAUUAAUCUAAUCAUACUGUGUAAUAUCCACUUCUUUGGUCAAUAAUCAUCAUCAUUCUGUUCUGGGUAAAGGAAAAAUCAUUUCUUUUCUCGUUUGGGAGAGAGAAGUUGUAUCCUUUUUUUUUUUCUGGGUUUGUUGUGAAACCCAGAAGAACAGAGAAGGGAAGAAGGAGGAGACGGGACGAGGAAAACAUCUCUCUCCCGCUUCAAAAAUCUCGUUUCAUUCAGUGCUAAAUUCGGAUCCGGGUCGGGUGGGUUUCCGUUGUUGGUGUCGGAUCAGAGUCCAGUUGGAUGUUAGCGGCGGAACUGGCGAUUUCCGUUUGCGGCUGCGGCGGUUGUGACGGUGUUUGUGGUUCGUUGUCUUCAAUCAAUCAGGACUUUCAUCUCAUUUUGAGCAAAGACUCAGUCAAAAUCUUGGAUCUUAAAUGGCUGGUUUUGAUGAAAACGUUGCUGUAAUGGGAGAAUGGGUGCCUCGUAGUCCAAGUCCAGCGACGCUUUUCUCCUCUGCGAUUGGAGAACAGAAGAGCUCGAAACGUGUUCUUGAAAGAGAGCUUUCUUUGAACCAUGGUCAAGUUACUGGUGUAGAAGAUGUCACUAAUGGUAACAACAACAAGGAAUCUCCACGAACCAACACUUUACGUGGUGGUUUAAGCGAGAGAAGAGCUGGAUUCAACGCUCCGAGGAUCAACACCGAGAACAUCCGCUCUAAUCCUGACUUUUCCAUCGACUCUAGUCUUCGGUCACCUUGCUUGACCAUCUCUUCUCCUGGCCUUAGCCCUGCAACACUCUUGGAAUCUCCGGUCUUUCUUUCUAACCCAUUGGCUCAACCGUCUCCAACUACAGGGAAAUUUCCAUUUCUUCCCGGAUUCCACAGUAAUGCGAAAGACGAGUUCUUUGAUGACAUUGGGGGAUCGUUCACUUUCCAUCCCGUUUCAAGAUCAUCUUCCUCUUUCUUCCAAGGCACAACGGAGGCGAUGCCUGUUGAUUACGGUAGCUACAACAACGGCUCUUCUCAUCGAUCGCCAGAAGAAGAUGUGAAAACCGGUUCUCAAAACAUGAAAAGCUCUAAUCUUUACGUGGUUGAAACUGAACAAAGUGGCCAGAAGAGGAAGACACCUGAUGCCGCAACAAACACCGGUCGAGAAGAAGAGGAAGGAGGAGGAGAAGAGCAGAGACGCGGUGAUUCGAUGGUUGGUGGUGCGCCUGCUGAGGAUGGAUACAACUGGAGGAAGUACGGACAAAAGCUGGUCAAAGGGAGUGAGUAUCCACGAAGCUACUACAAGUGCACAAGCCCGAAUUGUCAAGUGAAGAAGAAAGUCGAGAGAUCAAGGGAAGGCCACAUUACGGAGAUUAUAUACAAAGGAGCUCAUAAUCACUCUAAACCUCAACCUAAUCGCCGCUCGGGAAUGCAAGUAGAUGGAACCGAGCAAGUUGAACAACAGCAGCAGCAGCAGCAGCAGCAUCAGAGAGAUAACGCUGGAGCGUGGGGCAGUUGUAAUAACACUCAACAACAAGGUGGAAGCAAUGAGAACAAUGUCGAAGAGGGAUUUGAAUAUGGAAACCAAUCUGGAUCGAUUCAAGCUCAAAACGGAGGUCAAUAUGAGUCAGGUGAUGCUGCUGUGGUUGUGGUUGAUGCUUCAUCGACAUUCUCUAACGAUGAAGACGAAGAUGAUCGAGGGACGCAUGGGAGUGUUUCUUUGGGCUAUGAUGGAGGAGGAGGAGGAGGAGGAGCAGAAGGAGACGAAUCCGAGUCGAAAAGAAGGAAACUUGAAGCUUAUGCAGCAGAGAUGAGUGGAGCAACAAGAGCCAUACGUGAGCCAAGAGUUGUUGUGCAGACAACAAGUGAUGUUGACAUUCUUGAUGAUGGAUAUCGCUGGCGAAAAUAUGGUCAGAAAGUUGUCAAAGGAAACCCAAAUCCAAGGAGUUACUACAAAUGCACAGCUCCUGGAUGUACAGUGAGAAAACACGUAGAGAGAGCUUCUCAUGAUCUCAAAUCCGUGAUAACCACUUACGAAGGCAAACACAACCACGACGUCCCCGCCGCACGCAACAGCAGCCACGGCGGCGGUUCAGGCGGUGGAAACGGUAACAGCGGCGUUUCAGCCGCUCAAUCCCACCAUUACCACCACAACGGACAUCACUCAGAGCCGCCACGUGGCAGAUUCGACAGACAACUUACGGCGACCAACCAAUCUCCGUUUGGCCGUCCGUUUAGCUUCCAGCCGCAUUUGGGUCCACCUUCCGGUUUCUCGUUCGGUCUAGGUCAAACCGGUUUGACUAAUCUUUCAAUGUCUGGUUUAGCGUAUGGUCAAGGGAAACUGCCGAUGUUGCCUCACCCGUAUUUGACUCAACCGGUUGGGAUGAGUGAAGCGAUGAUGCAGAGAGGGAUGGAACCAAAGGUUGAACCGGGUUCGGAAACAGGACAAUCGAUAUAUAACCAGAUAAUGAGUAGAUUACCACAGAUUUGAAAAAAAAUUACUCUUUUCUUCUUUCUGCAUUUGGUCGGUCCUUAUAAUAACUCAUCAUUUCUGUUUCUUUCUUUCAUUUAUUAAUUUGAAACUUUGGGGGAAGGUAAAGGCUGUUUCUAUUUUCAUUCCUAAGUUUUGCCUUAUUAAUUAUACAAGCAAGCAUAAAACAAGAAAAAUGAGGGUACAUAUAGCUCUGUUAAAGAGGCAAAGUUAUAUAAAUGGAUCUUAGCAAA